AUGUCCCUGACGUCUGACGAAAGCACUUAUUAUUUUGAUGUGAUCAUCGUGGGGGGUGGUGUUGCUGGUUGCGCAACUGCUUUAGCUCUCUUUCGCACUAAUCCCGGUGCAUCAAUCCUGAUCCUGGACGACGCCAACUCCAGCGUAUUCAAGAUCGGGGAAUCGUUACCUGCUGCCGCAAAACCCAUUCUCGCGUCUCUUUCUCCCCAGCUUCUUGACGAACUGUCCAAAGACCGCACUGAUAGCGUUCAGAUCAAAUGCACCGGCAAUGCUUCGGCUUGGGCAACUUCUGAGCUGGAAGAGACAUAUGCAAUGAUGAACCCAUUCGGCAUGGGAUGGCACCUUGAUCGAGCUUCGUUUGACCAGAUCUUACGCGACACUGUGGAUACCAUUUGCCCAGGCUCCGUCUCGCUUGUCAAAAGCACAUUCAUUGGGAUCGACAAAGUCGACGACAACAACUACUGGUCUAUAUCGGUGAAAAUGGCGUCCGACGACAGAAAAGUGUACCACUCGAAAUGGGUUGUUGACGCAUCAGGCCGAAAAUCAUCGGUUGCUCGCAAGCUAGGCUCAAGAAUAGUGAAGGAGGACGCUCUUCUCGCAUUCUAUGCCGUCUUUGUCCCCCCUCUUACCACUGAGGAUCGAGAUUACCGAACGCUAAUCGAAGCCAGCGAGUCUGGGUGGUGGUACAGCUCCCCACUUCCCAAUAACCGUCGAGUCGUUGCGUAUCAUACAGAUGAUACUGACCCGACUUCAAGGGAUGCCCGCAAGCAUGACGGAUUCAUGAAUCUUCUGCAUGCAACUCAGCACAUAUCACGUCUCAUCUCCGAGGGUGAAUAUGACAUCCUCUUUGAUACAGAUUCCAGAUAUCCCAUAUGCACAGCGGCGGGCUCUUCCCGCCUCGAGCCACCUUGUAACAUCAGCAAACGUGCAGAUGGACCUGGACGGUCUGGAUGUACUGGAUCCAGUCCUCCAGGCCUCCAGAUUCGAGCCUGUGCGCAGAUGAAUCAGCCAUGA